UUAACCCUCUCAACAAUGGCAUUAUUUACAAUGAUUCAUUACAAUGACGGUGGAAAUCCAAUCAUCACCAAAAUGAUUUUCUUAUUAGCUUGCGCGUGUAAAAGUAUGACGUUAUGGAUACUUGUUUAUGUAUCACGAUGUUGUGAGGGACUGGGUACACCUGCAAUCACUGUUAAAAACGAUGUCGGAGUGCUUAGUUUAUUACAACCAACAUUUGUUGGGAGGAAUGUGACGUUUGAAUUCACACCGUCUGCACCGACUUCAAUAGGCGAUGUCAGGUGGAACUAUAUAAAACAGAAUGGGUCAAAGGAAAAAGCAAUAGAAGAGGAUGAUAUGCGUGUUCAGCAUAAGGGAAAUUCUACAUAUUUUACCAUACCUGAUGUAGAUCGCAGUUUCAAUGGAACCUCUGUAUACACAUCAAUUGACAAGAAUAGAAUGUCUGCCUUACUCGAAUUGAACUUAAAAGUUUUUACACACGCAAACAACUGUGGAGAACUGUACUUUCUUACGGAGGGACCUAAUUAUGCCGGAGACAAUUUGAGUCUUGGAUAUUUCCCGUCACCACAAGUUGCAAAAAUGAAAAAUACAAGCAAGUAUUCUGUAAAGCUCAUCAAUGGGAGUAAUGAUGACCAUACUUCCAUUCAACAAGCAGAAGGUGUUUUAGAACUUGACCAGGUGGGCCAAGAGAUUAUCUUUACUUUGUUCAACGUUAAGAAAAAUGACAGUGGAUCGUAUUGGGUUCAGUGUCUGAAUGGAGUUUCCAGAAAGUACUCUAAUGCUGUCCAUGUGUCGAUUGAAGGUAUGCCGAUUAUUGGUCCCUUGACCACACUUCCUACAUGCAGAGAGUGUAUCGUUUUCAAGACAGAUCAAACACUUGGACAAGUGUACUGUAAAACGGAUGAAGAGUAUAACGCCACAAAUGUAAAGUUUGAAAUAGGUCUUUUUCAGUAUGAAUCAAUCAAAUUAUCACGAAAAGAAUUUGUAUUGAAGUCAUAUGAAAAACCAGCAGAUUCGUUCCAUCAACUUAAUGCUAUUUGCACAGUCUUUGGAAUACAUCGGAACAUUUCAGUGAAAGCUUCAAUAUUUGUAGUCGUAAAUCCGAAUGGUCCCCCGUAUCUGUCGGCUAAAGAAGUGAUAUUGGAGGGAGAAACAGUGAAUAUAACUUGCACUUCAUCGAGCGCAAGGCCGCCACCAUUGCUGAGAUUUCUUGUCAACGCUACUGAAAUUGAUACCAAUACAAAUGCAUCAACAACUCUUGACGACUCAACCGCAUUAUACACAUCUGUAUCUACACUACAUUCGUUUAAGAGGGAUUGGGGAAACAAGAACAUGUACUGUCAACAGCAUCCGGAGGUUAAUGGAUUAUAUCAUGAGAGUUUGUCGAACAAUGUAUAUAUACUUUACAAAUAUCCCCCAUCUCGUCUCAUUAUUGUUAUUCAACAAGACAAUCUAUCAGAAGUUAUAACUGCAACUUGUACAUCGAUGUUCGCUGAUCCAGCAUGCAAUGUUAAGUGGGAAUCAACAAUUAAACAUUUUAAGUACACUGUAAUUAAAAAUCAUACAUUUAAGGAAGCUACAGAGUCAAUAAUUAGUUUCAGCGCUACCUAUGAAGAUUACGGAAAGCAAAUACGAUGUAGUACUGAAUGUCAAUACUUCAAGAAUGCUCUUGAAAACGCAACAACUGUUAUAUUCGCAAAAAAGCCGACAGUGGAUGUCUAUUCAACCCCUGUUUUACCUGUUCCAUCAAAUACCAUCAUAACGCUCACAUGUGUUGCAAAUGCCCAUCCUUUUGGAAACAUCACUUGGACGAUGGUAAAAGCAACUAAUUCAAAAUCAUCACAAACAAAGACGUGUUCGAACGCAUCAACAUGCACUUAUGAAAUGACUACAUCUGACGUUGAACAGGUUUAUUCGUGUUAUGCAAAGAACGAACAUGGCAGUGACGAAGGGUCAAUUGUAAUUGGUGAUAAGCGUGGAUAUAAAGAAGAUCAAACUGGUUCCGAUUCUGGCAUUUUGGGCAAUGGAUUGAUAACUGCGGGUGGAAUUGCAUUUCUUUUUAUUGUUAUUGUUGUCAUGUGUUUAUGUCUACGUCUAAACAAAGCAAAGCGACAAUUAAUAAAUGAGGAUAAUACGAUACAGUUGGCCCCACUUCGGCCACCGCCACUGGUAGAAAGAGAUGAUGUAACACAUGAACAUACUGGCGAUGCUGAAUAUGCUGGCAUCCUCGGGACACGCCGGAAUCUAGAAAACGUUGCUCUGCCUUCUAGCCUAUCUAUGCCUUCAUGUGAUGCUAUGGAUGAGAGCUUCGAAAAUGCAGCGACUGAAAGUACAGUACACUUAGAACAACCAUCAAACGAGAAUGGUAUUUCAGUAGAAACAACAGGUCCUGAUGUUCGUCGAUGUCAAAGCAAAGAACAUCUUUAUACAACAGACAAAGAAAAUGGCAACGGUAUUUCUAUGCAGAAUCAAGAAAUGAACCCAGACGCACCACAUGCUGAGAGCUCUAAACGUUCAACAAAUGAGCUAGUGUACGCUGAUGUCGAUAUCGAGCACUUGGAGAAAUUUCGAGUAAGAAUUCGUGCGUGCAAUGACGACGAAACGACGGAGUAUUCUGACAUUGUAUUUGGUGCAUCUUGUAGUGUUAAACCUGACUCAUCCAAUGAAAAUGUGAAUACCACGUAAGUGUAAUAAACAAUAGUGUAUUAAACAAUAAUCCUUUGCAUGUUUGUUUUGUGUAUAUUGCAAUUACGCUAAAUUUUUGUAAUUAUUUGUUUUCUUAUCAUUGAUAUUUAGCGUGCUGGAUGUCUAAAUGAGUGUAUGUGUAUCCAUUUCUGGGUAUCUAUUCUACAAAAAUGCAUCUUCUUUCUGUUUGUAUUAUGUUUUAAUACGUUAAAAUUCCCAAGCAUUUCUAAAGUGUCUAAAACAUCUGGUUAAUACAGUUUUGUUCGAUAUUUUUUCUAUAUAUUGAGAACACUUAAGAAAUAACUGGUCAUUGGGGAUUUUGUUUGUAUGUAUCCCUAGUUUAUUUUAACAACUGACUGUUGAUGGGCAUUUCUUCCUGUAAACCAGUUAGAAGCUCAUUUUAUUGCAAACAUAAAUGGAAUAACAUGGAAUAAAAUGGAAUAACAGCUGGUGCUCAA